UUCCCAGACCUCAGUUCUCACACAUUCCCCAAUCUAAAUUCUCUCUCUUUACUGUCUAGGGUUCUACUCUAAUGGCGGAGGAGAGAUCAACUGGUGUGGUUCAGUGGUUCAGCGAUUCUAAGGGCUUUGGCUUUAUCAAGCCCGACGAUGGAGGAGAAGAUCUCUUCGUUCAUCAAUCUUCCAUCAGAUCCGAAGGAUAUCGUAGUCUCUUAGAAGGCGAUCGUGUCGAGUUCGUGAUUGCCUCUGGUGACAAUGACAAAACAAAAGCCAUUGAUGUUACUGGCCCCAAUGGAGCUCCUCUACAAUCCAAGAAAGAUAAUUACGGUGGUCGCGAUGGGGGCUAUGGCUUUAGCGGUGGAUGGAGAGGCGGGGAUAGGCGUAACAGCGGCGGAGCUAGCGGCGCUGGCUGCUACCAGUGCGGCGAUGUCGGCCACUUAGCCAGAGAUUGCAACCGGGGCAAUAAUGCUGGUGGCCCUUGUUUUAAAUGUGGUGAAGUUGGGCAUUUGGCUAGGGACUGUUCAAUUAGAAAUAGCGGCGGCGGCGGCGGCGGGGGGGCUUGCUUUAGGUGUCAUGAGUAUGGGCACAUGGCGAGGGACUGCAUCAGGGGAAGCGGUGGGGGCGGUGGAGGUUGCUUCACGUGUGGUGAAGUGGGUCACUUGGCCAGGGAUUGCAGUAAAGACAGCGGAAGGCAUGGCAGCGGCGGCGUCGGUACCCAAGGAAAUACAUGCUUUAAUUGCGGGAGGCGAGGGCAUUUUGCGCGAGAGUGCCCUGAAGCCUCUGCAUGAGAUAAACUUUGGUAGAAAGAGAAGGAGAACUUAUUCUCGCUCUUUUUUUUUUUUGACAGUUUAUCUACUUCUUGGCUCCUUUUAAAAUUUAUACAUAGGUUGUUCGUGCAAAGGAUUAUGACUUUGUUUCUGGUAUCAGCUAUAAGCUAAUUUGUUACUGCUUGACAGGCAAUUUUCCGUAAAUUGCUCGGUUAGAGGAGGAAUAGAAUCCCUCUGUUACUUUCUUUUGUUCAUCAAUGACUAUGAGAUAAAUUUCUAAUUUAGCAGUUGUUUUUCC